UGUGUCAAAACUUUAAAAACUGUUUAUAAUUUUUAAACAAUGCUGCAGCUAUUAAAUGAGGAUCUGUGUWUAUUUGACAGGAUGUAUUCACCCUUAUGUUGUCUCAUCAAUGAAUGUCUUGUAUACCAUUCUAGGUCUUUACUAUGUAUGGAAACCUCCAUCGGACAUAUCCCAGAGGACAUCCCUGAUGAUUUCAUAAAAAUCCGAAUUGAAAACUGCCCUCUGACUGAGUUACCCCGWGGUUCUUUCUCUCGAGUUAGUGCCUUGGAGUUCCUGUGGCUGAAUUUCAACCAGAUCACACUGAUGAACAUUAAAAGUCUSGAGGGGCUUUCCAAUCUUACUGAGCUGAGGCUACAAGGGAACAAGUUGACCUCUGUACCAUGGAUGGCAUUUCAAGACACCCCCAAACUCAAAGUUUUGGACCUGAAGCACAACCGGUUGGAUGUGUUACCUGAACGUGCUCUGAGACRGUUACAGUCCCUGACCUACUUAGAUUUAUCCUUCAAUCACCUUACCAUCAUAUCAAGAGAAGUCUUUAUUCACUGGCCUCUUUACAGAAAUGCAGCGAAAUCUUGGGAAAAAGAAGGACUGGUGUCCAAUUUGGUUUUGGGGCUGCAUGACAACCCCUGGUUGUGUGAUUGYCGCCUCAAAGGUUUUGUUGAAUUCAUCAGGGACGUCAGCCCUCCCAUCAUUCUGAUGAACUCUUACCUGAUGUGCUCAGGCCCAGCCUCCCGAGCCAACAAGUUUUUCCAUGAGAUCCAGAUGAAAACGUGCAUGAAGCCAGUGGCCUCUGCCCCAGAGAGCAACAUCAGUUUAUCUCUUGGAGCGAAUGCAACUCUGACAUGUGUGGUCAAAGCCAGGCCGGUUCCAACCAUUCAGUGGAUGUACAUUCUGAAGAGUAUCAGAGGAUUUUCUUCUUCCCAGACUCAGGUAAAUAAGGAGAUUGCCACCUCCCAGUUGGUGAUCCCCUCUGUACACUUAGCAGAUCAAGGCGUCUACACCUGCAUGGCCAACAACUUUAUUGGCAACACAUCUGUCAGCAUCUCCCUCAACAUCGACUCCCACAACUCCUCUGCUCCUCCUCCUCCACCUGUCUUCAUGCCGUCACCAGAAGACAACAGCAACAUUGAGGUCCGUAUUGCCAAGCAGACAGUAAAUGGCAUCACCCUCGAGUGGCAUGCUAUGACAGCUGACCCUGCAGAAACAUGGUUCACCAUCCAUUUUGGCAGAUACGGUCCCCAUAAGAAAGAAAUGAUCUACAUCGGUCCUGGAAUUAACAGCUACUCAGUCAGCAACCUGCUCCCUGUCACCAAAUACGAGGUGUGCGUCUCCCUAAAGAACCACCCACCCAGGGAGGGCCAAUGUAUCGUCUUUGUAACAGGAAGUGACAUCAGCGAGUUGGAGCAGAGGCAGAGACUCAUCCACAUCAUAGUGAUCGUGUGCGCCAUGUUGCUAGCCGUCCCGGCCGGGAUGUACGCGUGCACCACAGAGGCCAGAUUCAGCUGUGUGGAUCGCUGUAUGGAUCUGUGGAAGAAGCACAGGAUGCACGAGGAGAAUGUUGAAGGAAACGAGAGGCAGAACACUUUCGACAGCCUGCAGGCAGCCAGUGACGAGGCCCUGUGCAAGGGCUCCACGGACAAACACACAAAGAGACAGAAGCCUGAGGACAGAUACAAAGGUGGAAGUGCUGCUUACCUCUACUAGAAUCAAAGUUAAAACUGUGAAUGUGUGUGUGAUUCUUUAAAAAAUGUCAGUCUUACUGUAGCUCCAGUUUGUGCCUUAUUUGUCUUUGUUUGUGAUGAGCCCAAACAUUUUCAUCAGUAGAGCAAAUAAUAUUUAAUAAUCACCUUCCAAAAUGUAAUAAAAAAUAAAUUUUCCACGACAGGCAGCACAAGUUGGAAUUUUUUUAUAGCAAUUACAAACAGACCUUUAUACACUCA